AUCUUCAUCACCACAUGUUCAUCAUUUUCAUCAAAAUCCCAAAAAUUUUAAAAACACUGUUGUCAAAAUUUAUUAACCGAAACAAAUCAAAAUCAUCUUCCAUAAACCUUAAACUUAAACAUAUUCAUCAUCUUCAAAAAUCAAAAUCCCUAAAUUCUCAAUAUACCCUAAUCUAUAUAUCUAUAUAUAUAUAAAGGUUGAUAAACUUUGCAACCCUAAUUGAAAACCCUAAUUAGGUAACCAAUUAGUGCUUAACACAUUUGCCUCAUAUCUAAUUGUAUUAUGCCACCAUGUGCUUGUCUUGGCCCAAUGAUCAUGUUCCACAUACAACUUUGAAACCAUCUAUAUGUCACACAUGCAAAGCUUCACAUGACAAGUGUGUUGGUUGUGAUGCUGAGGAGGUAACUAGAAGCAAUAUGUAACAGAUGCAUUGAGUCCAAUGACAUAUGUAUUUCUCUUUUCCCAAAUUUUUUUCAUUUGUAAUGUUUUUUUCUCUCUCUUCUCUCCCCCUCUCUCUCGUACCUCUCUCUUUUCUCACCAUCACUUUCAUCUCUCCUCCCUGCCUCAUCUCCUCCUCCACCACCGCAUCCACCACAACCUCCACCACCACCUACAAAUCGAUCUCCGAAUCAGAACGUCCUCUCCGCUUCCGGUGAUGCCGCCGUCAUCAGAAUCACGUUAUUCUUCCUCUCAGAUUUACAAACCCAGCAACUACAAAGAGAUCGAUGAAGAUUUGGAAUUAAGGUAUCCUCAUAAAGGAAUGUUUAAAGAGCUUCUCAAAAAGCAAGGUUCACAAAAUUACGGUUUGAUUGUUGUUUCAGAAAUCAAUUAUCAGAGAUUGUUGUUCAUGAAUUUGAAGAAAAAGAAAAUGGUUGAUGGUGGCAAGGUUCAAUUUUGGGGUUGCCUUUGCUUUGCAAGAAUGGACCCAACUCUGUUUUGCCAAGAGUUGGUUACUAUGUGUCAAGCCAAUGGACUGAUUUUCAACCGAGAUCCUGUGGUACCUCUUUCCCAAAGCAAUCCUACUCAUAUUGAGAGAGAGCUUGAGAAUUUUAACAAGAAGUGCAAGGCAAUACUUGAAAGCAAACAGCAGAUGCUUCAAUUGCUGAUAAUAAUUAUGCCUGAUUUCAAGGUUGUGAGGACUUAUGAUAAAAUAAAGCGUGUCUGUGAAACUGAACUGGGAAUUGUUUCUCAAUAUUGUCAGCCAAGGCAAGCGCAAAAGUUGAAUAAGCAGUAUCUUGAAAAUCUGGCUUUGAAGAUUAAUGUCAAGGUUGGUGGUCGUAACACUCUGCUGAAUGAUGCAUUUGAGAGAAGAAUUCCACUUGUAAUUGCUAAUUGGUCAAUGUGAUUUUUGAAGAAGUGUGGGUUAAACCCGUGUUCUAGGACAGGGCUGCACUAAAAAGGAAAUGAAGUCUGGGGACGCUUCUGAAGUUGAGGUACUGAAGCUGUAAAAAUGGUGUUUUGAGGACUACGAGUUUGGGUACUCAAGCGGCACAAACAAAUGGUUUUAGGCUUGCGGAAUAACGUCCUCUGCUAUUAAAUCAGGAUACACCAGAGGGGGUGGAUUUUGAUCUAGAUUGAAGGUUUUGAUCAUCUGUUAUAAGAGGUUUGAUUGAAAAAAAUGUAAUAACAUGUAUAUAGUAUUUAUACCGGCGAGGAAGAGAGUUCCUACCGAGAGAGUUGCGGUGGCAGUUCGCAGUGACAUCGCGGUGCUUGGCGAUGGAGGUGAUGAAACCUUUUUCUCCUUCUUUACUCUGGGUCCUAUCCUUCAUUUUCCAUUCUUCUUUUCAUUGCAGCAAUCAUAACUGCUUAUUAUCAUUCAGCUGAAGCAGCUAUGUCUAAAGGAUCUUUUGAAGAUAAUUUCAGCAUAAUGUUGUCCCAGGAACAUUUUACUACCUCUACAGAUGGACAGGUGUGAUAUCUCUCCUUAGACAAUGAUACAGUGAAAUUGAGGUGCAAUUGGGGUUCAACCAAAUGAUCACCCUGUCAAAUCAGAGCUUGUUAUAGCUAUUAAUGGACAAUUUCCAGGACCUUUGAUCAAUGUUACAACCAAUAACCAUCUAACUUUGAAUGUGUUCAAUAAGUUGGAUGAAGAUCUUUUCAUUACAUGUUUGCAAUCUAACAGACUUGACAAAGAAUUUUGUGGUAUGCCUGGUAUUCAAAUGCGGAGAAACUUGUGGCAAGACGGAAUUCUUGGUACUAAUUGUCCGAUUCCUCCUAAAUGGAAUUGGACAUAUCAGUUUCAAGUAAAGGAUCAAAUCGGGAGUUUCUUAGGCAUAUUUGGAGCAAAGGAAAGCAAGAGGAGAAGGAACAAUCAGUGGAUCUUUCAUAUAUUCCUAUGCUUCCAAGUAUAAAUUGAGCUGAACAACGUGCUGAGCUUUUAAAGCAUGUACAGUAAGCAGAACAAGAAGGUAUCAUCUGAUGUUAGUGAACCUGAUGUUAGUGGACACUGCUACUAUGAAUGCCUACAAUGGUGGAUGGGUUGCUUUUUGUAGAACACGUAGAUUGGUUGAAGGGAUGCACCAAACGCCUUGACUACCAAGUUAUUUAUGUUAAGGUUGCUACUGAUUUUUCCAUGCGAGCUACUUUGGUGCAGCAAGUGAUAGAUGGAAAGUUUGUUCCUUCUAUGGUCGUGGCACAAUUCUUUGCGGUCACACCAUGAUUUGAAUUGUUCGGAGUUAUGUUGUCUUUUUUGAUUCAUAUGUAUGAAUUCAUGGUUUAUUAUGUGAAUUUUGAUGGUAGUGUCAUGUUUUAUUUUGAUAGUAAUGUUGAAUGGUUAAGCUAUGUACUUGGUUAAACUUUUGCAAGAUGGCUUUUGCUCUUCGUUA